UGUCUCAAAGCCUAUCUGUUUUUGUGUAUUCCAUCUAAAAAGCAUGGCCCUUUCCCUCUCAUCCAAAACCAAAGCCUACCUAACCAGCUCUCCGGCACGAUCAAUCCCCCGCUUCUUAGCUCUGCGUGCCCAAUCUAAUACUCCUUCCCACCCCAACCACAUCGAUUUCUCAGAUGACUCCUCCUCUACCGACCCUUCCCUCCGGAAACUCGAGGAUGCCAUCCACCGGAUCAUCGUACGCCGCGCUGCACCUGAUUGGCUCCCUUUCCUCCCUGGUUCCUCCUACUGGGUCCCACCUCCUAGAUCCACCGCCGGAUCCCUUGGGAUUGCCCACUUGGUUGAGAAGCUCGCCAAUCCAUUGACCGAUGAGGAGUCCCUCUCCAUGACCACCGUCAGAGGUUGGCCUUCCUCCGAUUAUUUUGUUAAAGGUUCACUUCCACAUUCAAUGGAGUUGACUAUAACUUCAAACAAAGCAGCAGAGACGGAGGCAACUUCCAAUAAUACUUCUAAACCUGAAGAUGAGGAAGGAUGAAUUGUGCGUCUAAAAGAACUAGCAUCUGGGCUCAUCUAGACUUGUAAAUUUUAUGUAGAACAAAGACUCGAUAGACUUGAAAUUUCACAAACUGCAUGACAAUUUGGUCAAAAGGAGGGAGCUGCACAGAUGCAACCUGGUGACGUAGCAAUUAUUUACCUUGAUCAUUGCUACGCUCGAAACAUGUAUUAGUGGCUUUGGUUGAAGCGCACGUUGUAUUAUUUUGUAUCUCUCUGGCUUGCUGAAUAUUUGCUGUUCUGAUUGUAGUUCACUUGAUAGCUUCCCCUUGUACAUAUGCUUUCAAGAGUAAUAACAAUGGUGCUUCUGUUCUUACUUA